CCCCUAAAAUGUCAUUUUCGCUGUAAAGAAAUUUAAAAAUGCAGACAUUUCGGACUCUGAACUUGCUUCGGAAGACUAGUCACACCAUUUCACGUCUUUGUCCAGCAAGUCAAAAGACAUGGUGUGAUAAAAGAGCUUUCCAUCUUGGAAUGAAAAAGAUGACAAAUGAUGCAGAGAUGAUAAAACUCAGUGAUUCGUGUGUAAAGAGAUUGAAAGAGAUUGCUGAUGAGAACUCUUACUUGAGAGUACUAGUGGAUGGUGGGGGCUGCUCAGGAUUUCAGUACAAAUUUGAUAUCGAAUCAAAAAUCCAUGAUAAUGACAAAGUUUAUGAAAAAGAUGGUGUUAAAAUUGCCAUUGAUAAAGACUCUUUGGAAUUUCUGAAAGGAUCUACCAUUGACUAUCAUGAAGAACUCAUUCGGAGUGCAUUUAGAGUUAUCAAUAAUCCCCAAGCUGAACAGGGAUGUUCUUGUGGUGUUUCAUUUUCAAUCAAGUGAAGAAAACAAAUCAACAGUCUCCAGAAAAAAGAUUGCAAUUUUCAAUUGUAUGUAGACAAAUAUACAUGUAGAUACACUUUAUUUAUUGAAAUAAUAUUCUACUUUUAGGAGAAAUUGAAUUCCUAAGGUAUUUGUGGAUAAAUAACAGGGUCUUCUUGUCCAAAGAAGAAAAAGAAUCACAGGAGAAACUUACUGGUACAUGUACUUUCUCUUGGUAUCUUUACUAGAAGGCUUGAAUCUGUGAUUAAAAAAAAAACUUGGAUGAGGUUCCCUUAUUUAGAAUGUAAAAAUGAUAUGCUUUAUUUCUUGCAUGAAUGAUAGAAUUUUCAGUUUGAAAGAUGUAUAUGAGAAUGUUCAUGAUUUGCUUGUUUUGUUUCAAAUAAAAAAUUAAUAUGGUCCUUA